AUGGUGUCCUCAUGUUUAGGGCCUCACAGGGAGCUGGGUCAGAUCCUCAAGGAAUUGAGGAUGAUUACAGACAAGCUGCGGAAAGACGACGAGGCGGCUGAGAUCACAAAUGACUGGAAAUUCGCUGCGAUGGUUGUUGACAGACUGUGCCUAAUAAUAUUUACCCUAUUCACUGUGAUCGCUACUAUCGCAGUUCUGUUUUCAGCUCCCCAUAUCAUUGUAACAUAACUUACAACUGAUUAGUCCUCGGAACGCCCUGGAAGUAGCCAAAAUGGAUAGCGCAGGGAACUACCUUGCCUAAUUCGCUUAAGUCUUCCAGUUUGUUUGUAACCUCGGAAAAAU